AUGAAGAAGAAAACAGAGGAAGUUGUCAUCGAUGGAUGUCCCAGAAAACCUCCUAGAUCCAGAAAGAGGAAAAGCUCAUAUGACAAUAACGACACCUGCAAUGGAAAAUCUGUAAAGUGUAGUAGCCCAGAAACCACGGAAGAUGAGUUAUCAAAUGAUGAAUCAAGUUGUUCUAGAGACAAACCUUCAGGAUGUGUUCAGCCUCAACCGGAAUUCGCAGAGGUUAGAUCCAAGAAUCCACGAAAGCCGUGUGUCCAAGCUGAAACUAAGAAACAACCAAAAUCGACAAAAGGAACCAGAGGGAGGAAAGUGAAAACAAAGGAACCAUUAAAACUUGAAUAUAAUGAUGAGGGUGAUAUGACAUAUCGUUGCACUCACUGUGAUGCUAAGUUUUGGUAUGGUGAACGUAUCAACAAGAAGAAGAGGUCACGCAAUCCAGUCUUCACGCUUUGCUGUAUGCAGGGACAAGUAACGUUGCCGUUGCUAAAGGAUCCUCCUCCUGAAAUUAAAAAUUUGAUUUAUGGAGAUGAUGAAUUAAGCCGACAUUAUCAGAAGCACAUCAGGCCUUACAGCAUGCUUUUUUCCUUCACUUCAAUGGGUGGAAGAGUUGAUCGUUCUGUAAAAAAAGGGAGGGGUCCACAAAUGUUUCAGUUGCACGGAGAGAAUUACCAUUUAAUGGGCAGCAUGAUUCCACAACCUGGAGAUUAUGCAAAAUUCUAUCAGAUGUAUAUUGUUGACAUGGAGAAUGAGAUCGAAAAUAGACUCACUUUCCUCAGCAAGGCUAAAAAUGCUAAAGAAUCAACUAAGAAGAACCGACUACGGAAGGAAAUCAUUGAAUUGUUCGUCAAGGUCUUAGAUGAGCACAACCCGUACGUGAAGACUUUUCGGUCUGCAAGAGAGAGAUUCAACACUGACCCUGAGCACAGUUUUCACAUGAGGAUUAUAAGUGAUCGUGUUACUGAUGGAAGAACUUACAACACUCCUACGGCUUCUGAGGUUGCUGCAAUCAUUCCCGGAGAUUUCAAUUUUGACAUGGGGAAGAACCGUGAUAUAAUCCUACAAAAACAAUCCGGAAAGCUGAGGCGUAUUAGCGAGAUUCAUCCGUCGUAUAUCCCACUACAAUAUCCUACGUGUUUUGUUUAUGGAGAAGAUGGUUUCAGGCUUGGAAUUAAGAAAGCAGAUUCAGUUUACGGGAAAAAAAAUAAGAAGGAAAACAUCUCUGUUAGACAGUUUUUUGCUUUCCGUCUAUUUGAAAGAACAAAAGAGUCUAACCAUCUCUUACACUCGAGGAGGCUGUUUCAGCAGUACUUGGUCGAUACCUACACCAUGAUUGAGACUAACAGGCUUACCUAUCUGCGGAUGAACCAGACAAGCUUGAGAUCAGACAGUUAUGACUCAAUCAAACAAGCUGAAGACGCAGGUGUCAUUGAAAUGGAGGAACAAGGUAAUAAGUUUUACUUGCCUGCGUCUUUCACUGGAGGACUGAUGUCUUUUGGAGCAUUCUGGAGCAUAUGGGACAUGAGGAGCAUGGAGGGACUUGGCACAUGGAAGCAGCUCAACUGGAUACGCAAAGGAAGAAGGGAGAAGCCAUCUUGA